UGCUGUCUGAACAAUUCAAAAUUGUAAAUUUUGCGACAAGAUUGUUAGGCCGUUCAACUUUAACUUACUUGAUACUUCAGUCUUCACUGAUCAGUGAUGAUUCUGCUGCAUUGAAUACAUUUUCAUCUGGUUGAGUUGUAAAAUGAACUCUGUAUAUCUCUAAGCAAGCAAAUGAAAGUGCAUUGCACCUGCCAGCUAAUGUUAAACUAUAGGAAUAUCACAUGGGGCGGGGCGUGUUCCUCUAAUGUUAAAGGUCCAUGUCCUCCCCAGUGUCUGUGUGUAACUCCAGUACUGCUGCUAACAUUUGCUGACCCUCCCAAUAAAUGACAAGUUGAUACAUCACUGCAUUAAACACCUCAAAGUCAAAUACCGAUACGUUUGUAACACACAGUCUCUCUAUACCAGUCCACCCAUCCCCCUCCAGUCAAAAAAGCAAAUUUAAAUUUCUACCAGUUUUAAAAGAACUAGUUAAUCCUCCACCUCUCAAGGUGCUAUAGUUUGUUUUGUUGAGAGGCUUUAACUCUACAUGCAUUACAAUCACGGAUGUUCUUUUUUUCCCCUAUACCUUUAUUCUAUACAGUCAGUGGGCAUACAGCGGUCACAACUCCCACCUCCACGGCCCUUGCCACCACGACGACCGCGUGCACUGCCCCCCAUGCCAAGUCUGGAUACUGGAGACGAAAUGCCCCUGGCCAAAACCAAGAAGAAGAAGCCAAAAAAAGAGUCCAAUGAUGCUGAGGAUGCAGAAGAACCCGGCCUGGAGAUGGAGGGGAUGGUCAGUCGCAGACAGUCUGAGAGCAGGGAUCCCCUAACUCCAGAACCCCAAGACGUUCAACCACAGAAGAAGAAGAAGAAAAAGAAGGCACAGACUCCAGAUACAGAUCGAGACGGAGAAAAUGCCCAAGCUGAUAUGGCAAAUGGAGGGGAUGGGGUGGAACAGCAGACAGACGGCGAAGAAGUAAUCCGGAAGCCCAAAAAGAAGAAGAAACCAAAGACAACUGAGAGGCAGUACUCAAAUGAGGUGGACAUUGAAGAUGAAGAUAUCAUCACAGAUACACUUCCCUCCAUCCCCCAGCAUUCACUGUUUUCUGCCCCUCAAGGCCACAGUCAACCAGUCGGCAAAAUGUUUAUUGAGAAGAACCGGCGGUUCCAUGCGGCAGACCGCUUGGAUGUGGGUAAGCCGAUAAAUCAAAUAGAAGACUACCUGGAGAUGAGGUCUUUGUGGACCACCCGGGAUGUGGCCUUGAGAGUGCACAGUGGUUUCAGGGUUAUCGGGCUCUUUUCGCACGGAUUCCUGGCAGGAUACGCAGUUUGGAACAUCAUUGUGGUGUAUGUGCUAGCUGGGGAGCAGCUCACCACGCUGUCAAACCUACUCAACCAGUAUCACACGCUGGCCUACCCAGCCCAGUCGUUGCUGUACCUGCUGCUGGCCAUCAGCACUGUUUCUGCCUUUGACAGAGUGAACUUGGCCAAGGCCUCUGUAGCCCUGAGGGGCUUCCUCACUAUGGAUCCAGCAGCACUCGCCUCCUUCUUGUACUUUGCAGCUUUGAUACUUUCUCUCAGCCAGCAGAUGACCAGUGACAGGAUCAACCUCUACGUCUCUGCCAAUGCGACUUUGUGGCCAGAGGGUUCAGAGCACCGCUUCCUGCAGCCCUGGAUCGUCGUGAACCUGGUGGUGGCACUACUGGUGGGACUGGCAUGGGUAUUUGUCUCCACUCGUCCGGACUUGGACUACACCGAGGGGUCCUUAAUGGCAAUGGAUUUGGAGGAUUUUUCAUGUCAGGAGGAGAAGCCACAAACUCCAGCCUAAGAAAACAGACCCACCAUUAUUUUGUUGCAAGUUUUCGCCUACAGCCCAUAGCUUGUAAUUGCUUGCUUUAUAUCGUUUGUUGUGUUGUUAACCAAAGUAUGCAACCACUUCAUAAAUGUUUUGACAUUUUUGUCAUGUAAUAGACUGUCUAUAUGUAGAUGUUUCUUUUAAAUUGUUUUUAAAAUAUGUAAAACCUUUCAUGUUUUCCAGAUUUCUCCAGUACUUAAGCCUGGUGUCAUGAAAAAGUUUGAACGCAAAUGACUUGGCUGAUGACCAUGUUUAAGGAAAGUCUAUAAAAUCAGUAUCUGCUCUUUGCAAUUUUUCAAAGAAACAGGUCUGCUCUGAACUGCCAUUUUAGGAUGUUUCUUCAAUACAUACUGUAUCACUCUCUCUAAAGUCUGGUUAUGUAAGAGUACAAAAUGUACAACGAUUUCUUCCAUUUCAAAGUGAUUUAUCAAAAGCAGUGAUGGUACACAAAUGCUGCAGGGUAGAACAAGAAACUUCAAAUGGAAUUUGACUGAAAUGGACAUUAUAUACUUAACCUGCAGAUACCAUCCACCAGAACCUGAGUUAAAAAGAUGUUUUUUAAUCAUCUCUUGAGAACUAUUUG